UUCUUGUGUUCAGUGAAAGAAAUCAAAUGAAGAUUUUUAGCCUAUUGCCAUAACAUCAGGAAAUGAUGAACAUUUGUUGGAUGUAUGAAGGUUUUAAAAUUUCUUCAGAAGACUUUUUGCAGGGCUUCACCAGUACAGUUCUUUCCAUUUUAUUCAAAUCUCAAGCACGGAGAAAUUAACACCAGAAAAGCUGGCGCAAGAACAUCACAAAGUCUCUCCGAUGUUUUAUACACACCUGUUAUAAAAUUAUAAUGGAGAAUUCAACUGAAAUUGUGUUUGUUCUACAAGGACUGAAUGAGACGAAGUCGAACAAACACACAUACUUUGUCGUCACUCUUCUUGUUUAUCUUUUUACUAUUUUAGUGAACCUGACUUUGAUCGUGACCAUUAUUUUGGAGAAAACGCUCCAUGAGCCCAUGUUUAUAUUUCUGUGUAACUUGUGUGUAAAUGGCAUAUUUGGUGCCUCUACAUUUUAUCCCAAAAUAUUGGUGGACCUUUCAUCUGACGUGAGUGUUAUUUCGUAUGAAGCGUGUCUGGCUCAAAUGUGUGUAAUAUACAGCUACGUCUUCUGUGAAUUUACUACGUUAGCAGUGAUGGCUUAUGACAGGUAUGUCGCGAUAUGCAAGCCGCUGAAUUACCACUCAAUCAUCACACCUGGGAAGGUGGGGAAAAUGCUGCUUUUUACCUGGCUGUUUUCCAUCACUGAAUCAAUUAUUGGAAUGAGCCUGGUAGCCAGACUACCCCUCUGUGGAUUCAACAUAGAAAAGAUUUACUGCAUAAACUGGGCAGUGGUAAAGCUGUCAUGCGUGGAUACCACUAUCAACCACAUAUACGGGUACAUUCUCAUGUUUUCUCAUAUUUCACAAGCAGUGCUAAUCUUGGUUUCCUAUAUUAAUAUCGUAAAAGCGUCGGUGCGAUCGCAGGAACAAAGGAGUAAAUUCAUGCAGACCGGUUUGCCCCAUUUAAUCUCAUUGACUAACUUCACGAUCGCACUCGUUUUUGACAUCAUGUACGCUCGUUAUGGACCCACCAGCCGUCUGCAGGCUCUCCGCAAUUUCAUGUCCCUGGAGUACCUCGUUGUUCCACCCCUCCUAAAUCCUCUCAUCUAUGGCCUGAAACUGAACCAGAUCCGCCGGAGAAUCUUCAGAAUUUGCAGCCAGGAAAUACAUGCUCUGAAGUGAAUGUUUUAACCUCUGACUGGAAACAAUUGAUGUGAAAAAAUGUAAUUGAUCAAAUUGUACAUUUCGAGUUGAUAUAGCCUAUUGGUGUUUGAAUUGUUGCGAGUCAAGUCGUACCGCUUACUACCUUAGCUUCCAGCACACACUGCGUAAUGAAGGUACAGUGGAUGUUUUUUUUUUUUUUUUAAUUUUAGGGAGCAAAUUUCCAACAUGUAGCCUGAAAGUGCAAUACAGUUCUAUUUGGGUACUUUACUAAUAAGUACAUUUUAAAAGCAAAAAAGAUACAAACGAAUUAUGUGUUGCUGGUUUGGGGUACAGUUUUAUGUACCUAUAUUCCAGUCACAUUUGGUAGCUGUAUAGUUUAUGUCAGAAUACAGCAAUGUAAAUGUCAUGCCCCCGUGUUUCGGUUGUCUUAUGGUUUCCCUUGUGUUCCGGUUAUUUCUGUUCCGCGUGCCUUGUUCCUCACCACGUCUUUCCCCAUGCACUCCCUAAUCACUUCCAGCCCUCAGCAAUUUGCACACUCGUUCAGGUCGCAUUCCUCACACCCUCCCUGAUUAAUUCCAUUCUGCACUAGACUAUAAAGCCACACUUUUUGUUUCUGUCUUUGCCAGAUCGUUGAUUUAUUGCCCAGCGUCACACUUUGCUAUCACGUUAAAACCUAGCCUAGCACUAUUUUCUAUACCCCGUUUUCUCUGCACCUUCCUCGGUUUCCUCACCUCGCACUGUUUCCUUGGCCACAGAUUGUUUGUUCAUGUACCUUGUUCAGUGUUCCCCUGUCUGUCGUGCCUACGUGUUGUCUGCGUUGCGUCCUGUUCCGUGUUCCCCUGUUCUCCCCAAUUACCUCCCCAGCUCCAUCCUCCCGAUCCAGCCCGUCCUUCGCUGGCCUCCCAGUCUCCAGCCCAGCUCCGCCACCGACACCGGAGGUAUUCCGUUCAGCGCCCAGCCGGAUUCCGGACCUCCCCACAAAACCCCACAGCCCUGCUCCAAGCCUGCCUGGGUUCCUGCCACAGCCUGCUCAGCGCCACGUCAAGCCGGAUCCCGGACCUCUGCACCUACCUUCACGGUUCCUGUCCCAAGUCUGCCCUGGUUCCUCCCGCCUCUGUCUGUACCCAAAUAAACCCCUUUUGUAUUCUAUCUACUGCUGCCUCUGAGUCCUGCGUUUGGGUCCAGUC